GAGCAAACCUCGGCGACCAUGCGUACUGCUGACCGAGCCCGGAUCGCUGGACCUUGAGCGCGUCCAGCUCCAGGAUGGUGCUGCAGAGGAUCCUGGUCGCCCUGAUCAACAAGGCGCAGCUGGUGGAGCGGCUGUCCGAGUCCAGAGCCAUCCGGAGGGCGGCGCAGCUCACCGCCUUCGCCAUCACCAAAGGUCAGCUGGUGGGGAAGCAGGCCUCGGCCAGGGUGCUGGACUCCAACACGGUCAGGCACGUGCGGGAGGAGGCGAGGAGAAUGCCGCAGAGCGCGGCGGAAGCGGCGCAGACCGUCUCCAGGCUGAGGGACACGUUCGUUAAGGAGGUGAAGGAGGGAAUGAGGGAGGCCAGCCGGCAGAUAAAGGACAGAAAGUGACCUCUUGUGGACUGAGACCAGCUGGAUUGAUCACAUGGAACUACGAGGCUGAACUCAGCUUCGUGUUCCACUUUUUCUGGUCCACCUUAAGUGGUGCAACAGACUGUGUAACUGCUGCACCAUUUAAGGUGGAACGGGGAAAUUCAACCAGGAAGCCAACCGUGGCCAAUGCUGUGCUUAAGUGAAGAGGAGAAGCUCUGGUGUCGGGAAUAUAAGCCAUUAGGUUCCAACAAGUGGACUCACUCUGUACUGUUCUUGUAAAUACACACAUGGAAAAGUUCUAGAUCUGUAAAGGGUUCUUACAUCAGCCUUUCCACCCCCAGCUCAGUCCUGUUCACCUGCACAGGCCCCUGAUUCACACCAUUAGCUGUUUCAGAGCCUCUGACCUCAUGAUUCGAUUCGAUGAUUCAGUGUGUCGUUUCGAUUCGAUUAUUUUGUGGCGAUUCAGAAAACAAUAUUACCGCUGUCCAAAGAAAAACCUACAAUUUUGGAAACGCUUUGCAUGAGAGGGUAAAAACAUUUGCAUUUAAUGUAAAUUAAUGCGAAGAGGUUUUAUUUACAAGCAUUUUUGGAGCAUUUUUGUUGGUCCAUACAUCAUUAAAUUCACACAGGGCAGCUGCUCUGAUCAAAUAAUGCAGAAAAAUAAAAUAUGGGGAAAAAAAUGGAGAGACUGUACAGAGUAGUGGGAUAUAAUACAGAAAUUACAUUAAAAAAUAAAAAAUGUAUUUUAAUUAAGUGCUAAUUGCUAAUAAACCCAAACCAGUUUUUCAAAUUUCAAAAUAAGAGCGCAUACUUUGAGUAUUAUUCUAAUUUGUUAUACAACUUAUUAUUAAUAAUAUCAAAACUGAAACAUAAUAGUAAUUAUAAUAAUAAUAAUAGAAAAGACAACAUUAGAACAGACCAGGAUAAACCGUCAAUUGAACUGACAGCUUCAGAUCAAUGUGUUUAAAUGCAUUUUUGCACCUCUGUUAGCUCGUGGAGCCGAAUCAGGAGUGAUGGAGCAGGAAACGCACAUGUGCAGUGCAGGUGGGCUGGACAAGAGCUGCGAAACUGCUGUAAAAACCUGUAAAUGUUUCUCAGUCCAAACCUCAGUAACUCUGUACAGGCCAUUUUUGUGGAAUAUCCCAGCUCCAAGCAUGCCUGAAGGAAACAUUAAGAACAUUGGGCCUCAUUCACCAACAUCAUCCUACGUUUUUUCUUAAAUUUGUUCUUGAGAAAGGUCUACGUGUUCUUAAACCACAGAACCCCUGUCCUCUUGAGUGUGUGAAGAUUCUGUUCUUACCUAAGAACAAAUCCCAAAUAAGAAAACACUCAUGAAGGUCAGGAUCUUCAUAAAAACUGCAGAAGUAGGUUUUAAGAAGAAAUUUCGACUGGUGAAUGAGGCCCGUUGAAGACAGAGGCAUGCUGGGAGCUGGUACAGAGCAAAAGUGAGGACUAGAUUUAGUAAUGUGGUGUAGGUGAUACAACAUGGGCCUGUUCUGACUGCCAUAGUUGUACUGUUUUGUCCAUAAUCGCACAUUGGAAGACGUCUACUUGUUCUCUGUCUUUAAUUACACACUUUGUGUCCCAGUACAUCACGUCAUCUGGUUCUGUAGGGUUCAUUAAGCACCUUUAAGAUGGGAAUUCUACACAUUUGAAGAAUUACUACCUUUCAUGUCAUUGCAGUCAAAUUAUUUUAAUGACACGUCAAGAUGGAAGUCAAAAUAUAACUUCCAAAACUGAAUAAAUGUCAGUGGUGUAAUAAACUCCAUUUAAUAAAGUGACUGUAGAUGCUG